GUGGCACGCAAAAAUUGAGUAAGCAUGUUGGCUAUUCGACGACCUUAUCUAUCCCGCCAGAGUUGAUAGCUCCCGGGAGGCGCCCGAGCACCGCGGUGGAUUAUCAGCUCUUUGGUGUUGUAUAUCAUCACGGAAAAUCUGCUACUGGUGGACAUUAUACAGCCGAUAUUCUUCGCGACGAAAAUGAAUGGCUUCACAUAGAUGAUACUACAAUAUCUUCGAUUUCAGCAGAUGAGGUCACCAUGUAA